CCUUUUCAUCACAAUCGAAGGUGAACUCAGCUCAGUCAGCUCUGCAGCGUCCCACCGAGAUAGUCAGUCAGAUCCAUGGCGGUGUCCCUGGGCGGCGACGCGGCGAGCAUGGUGGCGGUGGGGCUGGUGUGGGGCGCCACCAACGCGCUGAUGCGGCGGGGCGCGCUCGUCUGGGACCGCCGCUCCCGCUCCCUCCCCGCCGGCUCCGGCGUGGCCCGGCGGUGGGCCGGCCUCCUCCUGACGUGGCAGUACUCGGCGCCGUUCCUCGCCAACCUCUCUGCCUCCGCCGCCUUCUUCCGCCUCCUCGGCGACGCCCCCAUCUCCGUCGCCGUGCCCGUCACCAACGCCACCACCUUCGCCGCCACCGCCAUCGCCGCCGCGCUCCUCGGGGAGGGCACCCGCGCCGCGCCCGCCGCGCUCGGCACCGCGCUCAUCGUCCUCGGCGUCUGGGUCUGCUUCUCCUAGCUUAACUUAAUCUAGGCCCGUCCGCUCCAUGGAUCGAAUUCGAGUUGCUUCUGUCUGUAUGUACGCUCGCUGGCUGCAGCGAAACUAUGGAGAAAUCACAUAUUAUACAGAACGAGCUUGUUUUGUGGUAUCAUCUAGCUCACAGCUCUCAUGUUUCCUCAAGAUUGUUUGUAGAAUCUGGUCUACUCAGCAUUAAUUCGAAUCAUUUUUGUUCCUCGUUGAAUCGCAAGGUGAGGAAAUGUAUCUCUCAGUUCAUAAUAUACUCCGUAUUACCUUUUGAUGCUAAAAUUUACUAGGUUGUGUGUCAAUUUUUCCUGUACCAAUCUUGCUUGACUUUCUAGAGCUAGAUAGGAAACUUGGUAAUUGUAUCACGCAAACAAAAUGCUGAUUUAGAGCAUACAUGUUACAGAGGGUAAGUGUAACUACUGAACAAACUACACAUACAAAGAAAUUGCUGUAUCUCAAUUCAUCAAUUCUCCUGGAUCAUCGUCACUGCAGGUUUCCAUCCUGCUCUUGCGUCGAGAACUGUGUCACUUGCUUGAGUAACCUGAUCCUUCAUUGCAGAAUAUCUCAGUUCUGAGUCAUGUAUCUGCAUUGAAGCUCAAAUGUCAGAUGGUGAGGCGUUUUAUUCCUGAAACAUGCAGCAUUGCAUGCCUCCCAUAUGGACCAAAGAAUUGCAGGCACUGUAACUAGCUUCUUUCUUCUGUACCACUCAAAUCCAGCAUGCCAAGUCAUUAACUUAUCUAAAUCCAGUGGUAGAUGACACAUUUAACUGAAUUCCAAUCCUCUUGCAAAAAUACUUUUCUCUAGAUCAGUUCUGUUUGUGCUUUCUGUUCUCAAUAGCUUCCCUGUUCCUCUUGCAAAAAAUAGUUUCCCUGCUCCCAACAUAUUGUUGGGAAGCAGUGUUUUUGCCAUGUGUCAUGUAAGUGAAGAUUGGCUGAUGCCAAGUAUUCAACCAAUGAUCCGUUUGAGGUCCAACAUCAAUAACUACCAUUUUGUUACCUGCCUGACUAUGGCUACAUGAGUAUGUGCUAUGUGGAAGGUGCUGGGGUGUAGUUGGUACUAAUAAUGUUGUUCAUACUUUUGCAGGUCCAUUCCUGAAUGUAUUGACUGGGAGCAACAGAGUACUAUACAUGGUUAGUCCUACUCCACGGCACACAAGAUCAUGGCUGUGAUCUGGGAGGGAGAACGCUCUGUAUGAAUACAAAUUUAACCCUAAGAAGGUAUGUUUUUCUUCUUUGAGAAAACAGAAAAGUGGUUGCCGUAGCUGUGCACUGCUCCGUUCGUCCUUCUGGCUGUGCGCCUCUCCUCCUGGGUCCUGGCCGUAGGAACGCCCGAAGCUCCUCCCCUGCUUCACAACCACCACCACCACAACGGGACUUGCCUCACCAGCAAUUAAGAACAAUAGUCUUAUUUUCUUUGUUGAAAAAGAGCUGCUGCACAGAAUUUCCAAUGAAGUGAUAGUUAAGCGCUUUCAUGAGAUGAAAGAUCGUCUUUAUAUUGAUAUAGAGUUAUAGACCACUUUUUCAUAUGGAUAGUGCACAUAGUUUAGUUUGUAUGGAUAGUUUGUAUGCUAGUUGCCUUGUUGGCUUAUAUAUAUGGUCAUAUAUUUUUGCCCCCUCUUAAGUUUUCUCCUGGGUCGGCCCCUGCAUCACACUCACACCUACACAGCCCAACAGAACCCCAACACAAUCCUCACUUACAUUUAACUGUAUUCCAAACAUACUUGUCUCCAGAACAGUUCUGUUUGCGCUUUCUGUUGUACCGGACUAGCAAUAAAAAAAAGACUCUGACAUAUUAGUAUUUUUUUGUUUGUUAUCAAUAGCUUCGCUCCUCUUGCAAAAAAAUAGUUUCCCUGUUCUGUAUUCCCAACAUAUUGUUGGCAACCCUAGUAUUUUUGCCUCUGUCAUGUAAGUGAGGAUUGGAUGAUGCUUUGAAAUUUGGAUCAAAGAUCUGUUUCAGCCUUUCACGUCCAACCUAUGAAACAGCCAUUUCGUUAUCCGCCAUACUGUGGCUACUUGAGGAUGCAGAAGGUGUUUUGGUGUAGUUCGUAAUGGUACUUGAAUGAUCUGUUUGGGAGCAACAGGACACUAUACAUGGUUGCUCCUAUGCGCUUAAUCUUAAGAAGAAAAGGAGUGUAUUGGCACUUGGGCAUCCGGGAAAGAUCUGCCGCCAGCCACCGCCCAUGAGCUGGCCUCCAACCCUAAGAAGGUCAAUCACUCUUUCAUCCUCGAGACUGCCUUCUUGAAGGAAGAGGAUCAUCGAGAAGCGAUCGCGCACACGCUCCACAAGCGUGCUUUUUCCUGCUCCUAAUGGACCAACAAUAGGGAGUACACUAGUACAGCCAAGUCUGGAGUAGCACUGGGACACAGCAAGAAAUUCAGAACCUGUUACCGUUCAGUUUGGCAACCAAACAUGCAAUUGUCCAAGAGCAAAUAUAUGCCGUAAGGUUGCCGGAUUAUCCGAGGAUAGACUCCAAAAAGAAAAUAAACUCCUUCAUACUAGCCAUGGUGUCUUCAAGGGUAUCGACCAUCUGUUCCAGCUCUUCUCAUAUGCUGUUGUUUGCAACAAGCAACUGUGCUGCUUCUCUGUUGCUGCUACCAGUGCCAGUGGAGAGAGAGACGAAGCCGUUUGGAUGGACUGAAUAUCGACAGCGCAUAUGAUGAGUGGCUGACCUCCUCCUCCUCUCCAAAGUCUUGGAAUCUCAAAGCAUCAAGAAUGUAGUGGCCUCUGUACAUUCCUUGCCUACAUCUUGAGCUGACGGAGCAUGCUCUUGCUGGUGAUGUGUCGCCCCUCGGCCUCCUUGACGACGGUGUCGAUCCUCAGUACAACUCUCUGUAACCUCUGUAGAAUCUUGUCGACGUCAGGCUGCUGCCGGAAGUACCUGCUGAUCAGAAACGACGCGGACCUACUGAUGAAUUCACCUAGGAUUGCAGAGAUGAGCAUAUCCAUUAGUUUCUGAACCUCCUCGGCUCAGAAGCACGAGUGAUUCAAUGGAAGAGAAAGAGCAAUGAGUGCUAGCUAGUUCUACGGGUUUGGGGAUUUUGUUCAAUAUUGACUCAGUCAAGAGCUCGCGCCUGGUGUUUUCUGGAAUGAAGUUGACCGACUGACUGAAUACUGUAGGAUGAAUCAACACGUUACCGGACCCUGCCAAUUCUUCAGUGAGUCUUCACCUAACGUGUGGAAUUGAGUUGUCUCUUUUGUCUGUCUGAAUCUUGGCUAAUUGGUGAGCUCCCGUGCUCUCAGCUGGGGGCUCACAGGCGUCUGAUAAAAGGAUAAGGCUUUUUUUUU